AUGGGAUUCAAAGAGGAGCUCUCGUUCGCACCAGGCUACAGCGGCUUUAUCCCUACUUUGGGCGAGUCGUUCGGGCACACAUUUGGAAUAGCCACCAAACAAAUCCUCGACGAAAACCUCUCGCUAAAGCAAGGACGUAUUCAAAAGGAACGAGAAGCUGCCAAAGCAGCUAGACGAGCCGCUGCCAAACAGCCAGAACAUAAUGUCGUUUGGGGUCAGGAAAAGACUUGGGCGACUGGUGAUGAUCGAUUCAGUUUCCCACCUGUUCCUGGAUACACCGGCUACAUCCCCCGUUCCAAAGAACAUUUCGGACACUCGUACGUUCAAACAACCUCCGAAUCCCUCUCAGAAUUCCAAGGAAUGAUGGCCCGCAAGAACGAGCUCCCACCUCGUGUUAAAGCCGUGAAAAACGCUCAUCAGCCCUUGAUUCCCGAACCAACAUACGAAGGUGAUCAACGACCACACUUGUUUCAAUACACUAGCUAUGCCGGUAGUCCAUCGCCAUCUAGACUGCCUGGUCGUGAUGCACCAAGAACCUUCCCGUCUGGAUAUACGGGUUUUGUACCCCGCAAGCAGAAUAUUUUUGGAGAGAGUUACAGUGCUAGUGUCAAGAAGGCUAUUGAUGAGUUUACGGCGCCUAAGCAGGCUGUUGAAGAUCGUACGAGACAUGAAAAGGCGUUGAUUCACAAGCAGCCUAUUCCUGGCUUCACUGGCUUCAUACCAUCUGCAUCACGAACUAUUGCACAGACUUUUGGAAGAACAACUUUGAUUGCAUACGAUUCCUUCAACAACCGUGAUGAAAGAGGCAAGCCAGCACCAAGCCAAGACGAUGUUCCUAUUGCCAAAAAAUUGAAGGAUCAACGACCAAUCCCUGGUUACCGUGGCCAUAUUCCUGGCAAGCAAGAUUUGUAG